AAAAAGAUGAUGAAUCAGACAUUAUUUUAUGAACUCAUAUCUGUGAAGUGUUUGUCAGUUGAAAUAUACACACCAAAGUAUGUUAUGCUUACCUCAAGUAUUUCUUGAACAAUGACUUCAGCAUAUGCUUCUUUUAAACUUUGGCUGUGUGUGAAGUAACUGUUUCUUUGCUUUCCAGGCGGGUGAUCACAGCCGUAGCUCCCACGAUGAUGGGCCAGGAGAGUACUACAGGAGCGUUUCAUUGCGCUGUCUUAGCUCUAGAAUGGGUGGUGCUAACUGCAGUAAUCAUACAUGUUACUUCUCUUUGGAUAUUGUUUCUACAGAUUUUGAUCCUUAUCCACGGGACUGCGUGCAAGUUGUGUUUUCUAGCCUGCCAGACACACAGAGCAGAAAGGUCCUCUCAGUGAAGCCUCGAGGACAGAGGCACGUGCGUGAGGUGCGCAUUACUAGUGUACAUGGAAGAAAUGGGGUGAUAGAUCAUACAACCUUCUUCACCUUGGAUUCUGUGAAACUUCCUGAUGGAUACAUGCCUCAAAUCCAUGAUGUCGUCAAUGCUGUCGUAGUGGAAAGUGUUCAUGCAGGCUAUAUUUGCAGAGCAGUCCUUAUUACCCCAUGUGAAUAGACUAAAAACACAACUUGGUUAUUUUCUUUGUAUCCUUUAUUCUAUAGGUAACACAGGGCACAGUACAAGUGUGUUUUGAAAAAAAAAAAAAAACAACUAGUAGACCUAAGUACUUAUUUCUUACAUUUUCAAAUGCUGAGCAUGUUAGGUUAAUGAAUUCUGUGUUCCUGAAAAUGUUCAUCGUUUUUCAUUAUUAAAGGCAUUUUCCUCUUCAUCCUAAUGACC